AUGAAUGUCAAGCUGCCAGUUGAAGAUGCAGCUGCCCAAUUCAAGUUGAACCACCAACAAACACAAGCUUUCACUACCAUUCUAGAAAAGGUCAAUUCAGAAACACAAGGUUUAUUCUUUGUAGAUGGGCCUGGGGGAAUCGGGAAAACUUUCCUAUAUCGGGCAUUACUGGCCAAGGUGAGAUCAAAAGGUAUGAUAGCAUUGGCUUGUGCAACCAGUGGUGUAGCAGCAACACUAUUGCCUGGAGGGAGCAUGGCACACUCAAGAUUUGGAAUACCCCUACAAGCUAAUGAGACAACUAUGACACAUAUGUCUAAACAAGGUGGUGGAGCAAAACUAAUUAGACAGGCCAAAUUAAUAAUAUGGGUCGAAGCACCCAUGGUGAAGCGGCAGACGAUUGAAACAAUUGACAGAGGCUUUCGCGAUAUAAUGGAUAAAGAUGCACCGUUUGGAGGAAAAGUCAUGGUAUUUGGAGGCGGCUUCCGACAAGUACUGUCGGUUGUACCAAAAUCUACACGAGCAGAGACGGCAGAUGCAAGUUUAGUAAGGUCGUAUUUAUGGCCUUUAAUGGAAAAGAUACAACUUUCAACAAAUAUUAGAGCAAGAACAGAUACAACUUUCAGUGAGUUCUUGCUGUGUAUUAGAAACGCAGAAGAAACCACAAUAAAACAAAACUUGAUAGCGCUGCCGCAACAAAUGAUUGUCCAACAAAGUCAGGAUGGUAAUCCAGAAGAAACAUUGGUCAAGGAAAUUUUCCCAGCCCUUGAACAAAAUUACAGAUCUGCUGAGUAUAUAACAAAACGGGCUAUCUUAGCAAGUCGAAAUGAAUUUGUAGAUAAUCUAAAUGAAUUGAUGAUUGGAAAAUUCCCAGGAGAAACAAAAACAUACAUCAACUUUGAUGCAGCGGAAGAUGAUACCAACAACUACUAUCAAGAAGAAUACCUCAACACCUUAACACCAAAUGGACUACCGCCACAUAGGUACAUUAUCAAAUACAUCAAAAGUUAUACAUAUCUGUUAUUAUUAUGUUAG